GGCGAUCGUCUGAUCGGCUUGAAUGGGCAAACGCUGGCGGCCAGUGAUACAGCGACCAUCCUCACCUGGCUCGGCUCUUAUCCGGCAGGAGUACCGCUUCAUGUGACCGUGGAAUCAAGACCAGUUGGCCCUCAGAAGCCAUCUGACACGCCAUUGAUUGCUGGAUCCUUCAGCAAAUUGGCAAGCUCUCUAAACACUCCUGACUUGAAAGAGGGCUCCGGUAUCUGCCAAGUGUGUGCCACGCUUCCAGAUUGCCAGGAGAGUUCACCACGACCGGUACAGCGCCACCGGUCCUGUUGCGAAGACGAUGAUAUUUGCAUCUCUCCUCUCGCAUACAACCAAUUAAGGGACGACACCUUCAAUAAAGCGUUGCCACAGUCCACGAUGGACACUCUACCACCAAAGGUUGAUCUCAAACAAGGGUCCUGUUCAGAUUCUUCUUCGACAUCUUCAUUGAUGUCAUUACAUUUAAUGACACCUCCGCAACAGCAGAUCACUCAAGAGACAGCAAUGCAUACCUUUGGGUAG